CCGCAUUUGGGGAUAGUCAAGAUCUCAGGUACCUAUGACAUGAUAUGGAUGCCAGGUCCAGUGUCAGGCAGUUUCUAUGCCGGUCGGCACCUUGUCAGGGCAUGUGUGUUGAGGUCAAAUGUUCCAUGACUGGCAACGAUGAUUAGACAAAAUCCUGCAACAUGACGAGAUCUCUCCCGGCACAAAUUCCGAACAACCAGAACCCUCCAGCUAUUGCAUAUAUGGUUACCAUUUGCUGAGUCUGAGCCUAGGCCGAUUCAUCUCACAAGCACGACUCAAUCCGCGGUCCAGUCGUGUAGCCUGUAGGAUGGCUGGCUCAAGUGAGCCCAUUGCGCCCCUAUUCUCCCUGAAGCUUGACCUCCCUCCGAGCUGUCUCGAGUUUUGCCCAAUAUUUCCCGACUAUUUCCUCGUCGGGACAUACAAUCUCCAAAAGGACGAGACGUCGGUCCAGGCCAAUACAACAGAGGCAGAGGAGAGCAGCCAAGGCCCAUCCAAGGAGGCUCAGAAGCGAAACGGAAGCAUCGUCGUAUAUAAAGUGGAAGACAAAAUCAUUGUCCACGUACACACAGAGCCGCAGCCGUCCGCCGUUCUAGAUCUACACUUUCAGCAUCUCCCGGGCAGGCAAGACAUCUGUGGCGCCGUCUCCAGCACGGGAACAUUGGAUGUCUUCAGAUUCUCGGGACCGCCAACUGCAUCGAACGGGCUUCUCGCUCUGAACACAAUAAGACUCCCGGGAAUAGGGGAAGAUGUGCUCUUCCUCUCAUUUGCGUGGCACCCGUCUAUCGAGGAUGUCAUUGCUGUCACGACCUCUCAAGGGAACGCGCACAUUAUCAGGCUUGGCUCGGAUUGCAAGGCUUUCCAAAGCACAGGUGAGCCGAUAAUCAGCCACAGCCUCGAGGCAUGGUGCGUAGCUAUUUAUCCUAGUGUUUCGACAAGCCAUGGCCAGGAGUUGAACAACUCUCCACCAUUUGCCCUGUUUACGGGAGGAGAUGAUUCAGCAUUGCAGUAUCUCACCUGCGAGAUAAGAGGUGGUGCCGACGACGACGACAACGAUCCCCUCGAAGUGUUCACUAUGUUUGCCCCAGUGACGGUGCGAGGGCACGAGGCAGGCGUCACUGCGAUUCUUCCGCUGCCUCUUACGGCUGGGGAGCAGGACUCAGAUCUGGUAGUCACUGGAAGCUACGAUGACCAUGUUAGGGUGUAUUCAAUCGUUCCUCUCCAUCAGGCAGGAGGUCUCCGCAAGGCAAGGCUGCUGGCAGAAGCAAACCUCGGCGGAGGAGUGUGGAGGCUGCGGCUAAUCGGGGUACAAGAGGGGGAUUCGGGGGCAACAUGGCGAGCCUGGCUCCUGGCUUCUUGCAUGCAUGCCGGGGCAAGAAUCGUCGAGCUCCGGGGAUCGAGCAACGUGGCCUGCGAGGUGGAAGUCCUCGGACGGUUUGAGGAGCAUAAGAGCAUGAACUACGCAAGUGAUUUCCGGCCUGGUGACUCGCACGGCGAGCUGGUCUGCGUGUCGACUAGCUUCUACGACAAGCUCCUAUGUCUUUGGCAGAUCGAGUUCCCGAGAUAGGUAAAUAGGUACCUAUGUAUGUACAUACAAUAGUCAUCUUAGGUGGUAGCACAGCACCCACCUACCUCGAUUAGUGCUGCAUCUUAGCAGAUUGCUCAGCUACCCAGGUCUGUCGUGCUGCG